CUGCCGCCGCCGACGACAGGAUCCAAGCAAGGCGUGUGUAUGGGGGGGCGCGUCGUCGGCCCGUCGCCACCCCCCCCGUCGUCGUGGCCGCCCCCAUGAUCCACUCGACGGCACGAUUCCAACUGUUGCGGCGGCGACCGAGGUCAAUUACGCCGCCUGCCUGUCGGCCGCACAGUGGCACCGACUGGUGUACUCGUUCGUGAGGGCGAACCAAGCUGGCGUUGGUCUCGAUUUCUGCCGCGCUGCAUGUUUUUGAUAGAGGUUGAGCGAGUCGAGUCACUUUUGCACUUGCCAUUGUUGGAACAUCGUGCGCGGGUGGACUCACACAGGAUGCUCAACACAACGCCCCACCAAGACACAAAGCUCGCGACGGACCCCGUCAAGGCGAACGACCGGUGGCCUCGCCGCACCGCGAGCGCAUCGUCCGAUGACGUGAGCGACGACGAUGCCGUCGAGUCGCAGUCGGUCAGCUCCAACGACGACAUCAUGGCGCCGACCGAGCACGACGGCAAAGGUCGCUGGACCAAAGCCGAACACGAACGGUUCAUGCGUGCAGUGUCCAUGUACCCGUGCGGCCCAUGGAAGCACAUUGGCGCGGUCGUCAAGACCCGAUCGAUUCGCCAGAUUCAAACACACGCGCAAAAGCUGCGCGAAAAAGCAGCUCGCCACGACCGCGGCCUCAAAAUUAAGAUCAAGGAUCCCAUCGCGGUCACGCUUCCGCCGUACUUUUUGGCUCGGGACCGCAGCUCCAACUCGCGUGUCCUGGGCCCACCAGCCAAAGCUGUCACGCCGUCCCCCUCCACACACAACGCGCCGGACCUCCUUCCGCUCGACGACUGCCUCGACUUCUUCCUCCAAGUCAUGGACGAAGAAGAAAAGGUCGUGGUCGUGUGAGCGAGCCCACUCGUCGCCACGUCGCAAGCCCACGUCCUCGCCGUCCGUCCAGUAAAUAUUUAAUUCACGAACUGUGCAUGCAUGCAUCCCA